AUGAAGGUUCUGAUUGUGUUCGCAUUCGUCGCCGUAGCGGCCGUGUUCGCCGAUACUAAGGUCCUGAAGUAUGAAAACGUCAUCGAUGGAGAAACGUACAAAUAUGCCUACGAAACCGAUGAUGGCACGUCGCAAGUUCAACAGGGUGACCAGAAAGGAGAGGAUCUGCUCGUGCAGGGAAAUUUCAAAUUCGUUUCCGAUGAUGGCCAGGAGUACAAGGUUACCUACGUAGCGGACGGAAAUGGUGGCUUCCGCGCCGAAGGAGCUCAUGUCCCAAAAGAGUACGUCGAGAAGCUGUCCAGUCUGUAA